AUGGUCAGCUCCUGUUGUGGCUCCAUCUGUUCUGACCAGGGCUGUGGCCAAGAGACCUGCUGUCAACCCUGCUGCUGCCAGACCACAUGCUGCCGCCCCAGCUGCUGUCCGACCACCUGCUGCCGCCCCAGCUGCUGUGUGUCCAGCUGCUGCCGCCCCAGCUGCUGUGUGUCCAGCUGCUGCCGCCCCAGCUGCUAUGUGUCCAGCUGCUGCAGGCCCCAGUGCUGCCCAUCUGUAUGCUGCCAGCCCAGCUGCUGCCACCCCAGUUGCUGUGUGUCCAGCUGUUGCCAUCCAGUCUGCUUUCAGACUACCUGCUGCCGCCCCAGCUGCUGUGUGUCCAGCUGCUGCAGGCCCCAGUGCUGCCAGUCCCUGUGCUGUAAGCCCACCUGCUGCCGCCCCAGCUGCUGCCAAACCACCUGCUGCAGGACCACCUGCUGCCAGACCUGCUGCCAACCCCGCUGCUGCCAGACCACCUGCUGCCGCCCCAGCUGCUGUGUGUCCAGCUGCCGCUGCCCCAGCUGCUGUGUGUCCAGCUGCUGCCGCCCCUGCUGCUGUCUGCGUCCAGUCUGUGGCCAAGUCUCCUGCCACACCACCUGCUAUCGCCCAACCUGCAUCAUCUCCACCUGCCCCCGGCCCCUGUGCUGUGCCUCCUCUUGCUGCUGA